GCUCCUGCUCCUUUUAAUAGAUGCAUCGUCUCUUGCAGUAGCUUCAAACACGGAGUAGCUAGCUAGAGAGUGAAACAGUGAGUGAGUUAGUGACCUGAAGGGCAAGGCAAUGAGGAGGCUGCGCAUCGGCAAAGUCCUGGGUGACUGCUUCUCCUUCUCCCUGUGCACGGGCACCUGCGUCUGCAUCCGCGCGUUGGAAGACGAGGAGGAGGUGGCCGUCGAGAGGAAGGCGCUAAUGAGCGACCGGGUGGAUCAGGUGCUGAGGCUGAGGGAUCUUGCUGAUGGAACCAGGACGCUCGGUUUCCAUCUGGAACCAAAGGUAUUGGAUACUGAUCCCAUUCUCCGCCAUGAGAUAUCAGUGUGCUAUCGACAUUGUCUGGUAUAUUUUACUUCGGUUGGCUUCGCUGUUUUGAUGCAGACUGUGGAGCUCAGGGUGUCCAUGCACUGCAACGGGUGCGCCAGGAAAGUUCAGAAGCACAUCACCAAGAUGGAAGGUGUGACGUCGUUCGAGGUGGAUUUGGAGAGCAAGAAGGUGGUGGUGAUGGGGGACGUCACGCCGCUCGAGGUGCUGCAGAGCAUCUCCAAGGUCAAGUUCGCGCAGCUCUGGAUGGCUCCAACUGAACCGACGAAAGGGACCAUGACUUCUUAUGGUGUUGAGCGGUGACGAAAGC